ACGCUUCCAUUGUUACGUCAUAUAGUAGAACGCGUCCUCUCGCGCAGAAGCAGAAAGCAACCUCCACUCGCUCUUUACAACUUAACAUCAAACGCUCCUUACAAUUUAUAAGUUCACUGUUUGCAACAUGAUGAAUCUCAGUCUUAAAGUCAAUGACAUUAAGAUAGAGGUGAGCAGCGAACUGGGUGUCAACAGUGGUCUGGAUAUUCAUCUAGUUUUACAAAAUGACCCCACAUCGUCAGCUGGGAAUCGUGAAAAAAUUAUAUUGGAGAUCUCCAGAGCCCAGACCAACCCUUCCACAAGUGAAGAUGUUGUAGAAGAGGUUUUCUCUGAGGCAACGGAUCAGCUUCCUCAGAGUACUGAAUCUGAGCAUCCUGACAGCGAGGAAGAGAUUUAUUACGAUGCAACGGAUCAGCUUCCUCAGUUUACUGAAUCUGAGUAUCCUGACAGCGAGGAAGAGAUUCAUUACGAUGCAUCAGAUCAGUUUACCCUGAAUCUUCCUGAAUCUGAUCGUCCCGAGGAAGAGAUUCAUAGUGAGGCGACAGAUCAGCUUCCUCAGAAUGUUGAAUCUCACUAUCACAGAGUUUUAAGUGAAGAACAAAGAUCGGCCCAGAUUGCUAACUUGAGGCUAGAAACUAGUUUAACUUUACUUUAUGAUCUCACAUCAUCAUGCACCGGCAUACAGAGGUUCACUACCUUCUGUUUUAUACCCUGGCGAGAUAUCUUGAAUGAGAUUGUUGAAGCUCGCCUUCCACUAGAAAUCAAGAAUAAUUUGUGGAGGAUGUUAAAAGAACUUUACAGACUGGCCAUGAAAAUUGACAGGUUGUCUGAGAACCGCCAAGCUCUUCUGUACAGACAUCUCUCCCCCAAGUUCGAUAGGCUCUUCGCGUGGCUAUGCCAACUUAUCUGGAAUCAAAGUCCUCAGAUUUUGAAUGAGGUAAGACAAAAUAUUUUACGAAUCAGGCGUUCUGUCCGAAUCUUUUCUCUCUAUUUACAGACGGCCUGGGACUAGAAAUUAAACCUUUCUAAAAACAAGGUGAGCAACCUCUCAGGAAGGAUCCGGCUGUUGAAAGCAACAUGGAAAAUUCUCUAGCUUCAUCAGAUGUUCUUUUGGCAUCGACUAGCUGCAUGGGCAAUGAAAACACAUAGCUGGUUACUAGUGUAUUUUGACUGCUAACUAGCUGGUAAAAGGGUGUUUUUAUCUGGUUGCUAGGUGUUGUUAGGGUCUGCAUUGCUAAGGGGCUUGUUACUAGAGUAUUUUGGUUUAUAACUAGUGCUGCGUCCCAAUUCACCUACUUAUACUAUGCCCCUAAAGUAUGUAGUGUUUUUGAUAUGGAAAAAAGUAUAUACAUUUUGCAAAAGUAUACAACUGUAUGCACACGCUGUGAUACACUAGCGCGAAACGGAAGUGGUCAUUGUUGCCUAGAUCAGGGGUUUUCAAACUGAGGUCCGGGGACUCCCAGUGGGCUUCCAGAAGGUUGCAAGGGUCCCCCAGAAAAAUAAUAAAAGUCCACAGUUUUUAUCUGCUUUUUUUUGCUAUUGAUAGUUUCCAGAAUUGUUUAUAUUUGAAUCUUUCUAGUGAGUUUUUCUCACUAUAGUUUCUUUUUUGGGACUGAAAGUGAAAUUGUUGCCGACUAUUUAGAAACAAUGUGUUGUCUUUAUAAUAUCCUAUUAACUAUUUAUCUAACAAAUUUUUAACGUUUAUUUACACAGAAAAAAUAUUUUUUGAUAUAAAAUAUUUUGUAAUAUAUAUAAUUUAUAUAUAUUUUAGAAAAGGGGGUCCCUCACAAAAGGUUAAUCAUAUUUGGGGGUCCUUGGCAUCAUAAAGUUUGAAAACCCCUGGCCUAGAGGACACUGUGAUCCUUAAUUGUCACGAACAUCAAAAUACAGCUCUUCCUUGCUUUUAAGUAUUUAUUCAUUUAUUAUUUUGUAUGUAAUGUUUACUGUAUACUUACAUUUAUUAAUUUAGCGAAGCAUCUUUUAUAAAAUUUUAUUAAUGCAGCGUAGCGUCACUAAACUCCGCCCUCUCGUGGUGAGUUGUGGGUACUAUCAGCCGGUAAGUGUCCAUGGAUUCACACUUCAAAUUUUCAACAGAAACAGUAGACCAUCCGGGUACUUUGAGAAUACUCAUUUCAGCAUACUAUGAUUUGGGACAUACUAAUUCUAUUUUCGAAAACUGUUCAGGACGGAUAGUAUGCGAAUUGGGACGCAGCAUAGGUAUCGAUAAGGUGAUCCAUCUGGUUGUUAGGCGUUGUUAAGGUCUAUAAAUUGUUUAUUCUGCAGUGCUAACGCGUUCUUGCUUGUUACCAGAGCUGUUGAAAAACAGAUUUGCGACACACUUUGAUCUCACAUAGUUCAUGGACCUCUCAAUAGUUUCAAACUUCAGUCUGGGGAGAGACAGUGGAAGCAGCUGUAUUUGCAGCAAUUUUCACUAAAUACCAACACAUUAUAUGCAGUGAUUAUUAUGUUGAUUACAUUUAUAGUAACAUUUUGUCUGGUGAGUGUGCAAUACAUUAACAGGAUGCUUGCAUUCAUAUGGUUCUCAUGCUUCUUUGAUCAUCAGUACAUCCUAAUGUUAAAUUGACAUUCACAUAAAAUGGCCAGGUAUUUUAUCAAUAAGUCAGAAAAUCAUUCAAGCACACACACAAAAGCCACUUUUAUUUAGGAAAAAUAUUUUGGUUCAAAAACAUCCUGAAAAUACAUCUGUCAAACUAGUAUUUUAUUAUUAUAACUUACCAGCAAGUGUGUUUGGGAAAUACUGAAAUGAAUGAGUUUCAAUGCAAUGUUUGGAACUAGAGAGCACUCCAUGAUACCAAUUACUUCCGCAUUCCAUUCUUCGAACGGACGUGUACGGGAGUGUCGCAACUCUGUUUUUCAAGGGCUCCGCGCCAACCAAAUUACGUCGCAUCUAGCGAGUAAUGAUUCGCAUUAAACCAAUCAGUGCCAAAUUUCGGUACCAAUAAUGAAGCAGGCUGUAAUAAUUCAUGUACAAAAUAUAAAUAAAUACUCAACUGGACUAAUAAAUAAUAGUAAUAUAUAGAUCAUACGGUAAACGUACCUAUUAAGCUCACCAAACUCUACAUUAAGACUUUUUUUAGUGGACAGGAUAUUGAUUUUUGUACAAAAAGUUCUGGUAAAAUAAAAUAUUAAUCUCUCAUACAAUAAUAUUUUACUGGGGCUAUACUGAUAGCUCAAACUAGAUUCUGAGGUAGCAGCUGGUUGUUAGCCGUUAGCGCAUAGCGUGCUAGCUUCAUAGCAGCAAACGUGCUAAAUUUAGCUACAUAGCACAUUUGCAGUCACCCAAAACACACCGCAUGGACGUGAAUGUGUUUAGUGACCAACAAAAAUAAUUUUCUGUAGUUAUAUUUUCGGAAAGACACUCACGACCAGGCGUUGUGCUUUGUGUAAUAGGUGCAAUCACUAACUUGCAUUCAACUCAUUAUGGUAGUGCCUAGCAUAGCAACUAUAGAUACCGAUAACAUUAGUCUACGUGCAUGAACUAAGGAAUCAGUAACUUUUGACCAUAAAACAUUUAUUGUGGUUUGGUAGUCAUCGUUUACAAGCAUAACACUAAAUUCGUGACGAGCCACGAUCAUGCUACGUAAGCUAUUGAGGCCCGGCAACAUUACAUGAUCUCUAGUCUACCAUACGGUUAUAAAUUUUGAACCAGUAACGUUAGUGCGCCAAUAAACAACCUGAGCACAGCCUAAUAACUAAUAAGCUCAAAAGUACAGGACUGUAAGAAAAAAUGUACAUAUAAGACUUUCAAAUCCAGUAGCAGGAAGGCUGGGUCUCCAUCCGUUUUGCAACCCGUUGCCUCUUGUAGCUCGCACCAUGGUGAUGGUUUGGAGACUUGCGUUGAACUAGAUCGUUUCAUCGUAUUGUUGGCUGUUGAUUAACUUCACCCCGGCUACGAGUAAAACGUGAUGUAUGCCGUAAAGCAGGUGAUGGGUGGGGCUUGUGAACCUACCCGCACACCAACGUUACAAGUGUGAUUCAGCCGAUAGAGGGCUGCUUAGGUAGCAGUGGAAGUAAAAUUUGUCCAGUUAAGAGUUGUCCUACCACCAAAAUAAUUUUAAGGAGAUUAUUUUAAGGCUGAAAAACUCUCUAGUGUUGCUUUAAAGGUACAGAGUCAAUUACAAAAACAGACCACUAAAAUAAUUUAUAUUUUAAUAAUAAUGUUAGAUUUUCACAGGACAAUCUUUACAUUAGGAUGUUUAGAAUAGUAAAUCAAAAACAUGGCUUUAGUUGGGUUUUUACAGGCAGGGUCACAAUUAUGUAGCCUCUUAUUAAAUAAAUGUUACUUAUUUAUAUCUUAUGUGAACUUAUUUAUUUUUUCCUGUACAGACAUGAUUUAUAUGAACAGAUAACAUGCCUCUUUCAUCUUUGAGCAAAAAACUAGUUCCAUCUUGAUUUUGUUAUCUUAAUGCUGUGAAAACCAUUUAUUAAUCAUUUUAUAAAGAUUAACUUAAAGUGACAACCAUCAGUGAGUAUUUAAAGUAUUUACACAGACUUUCAAUGUGGAUGAGCUUAAAGGGAACCCAGUGUAUAGACACAUAUAGAGUUGUAACUAGCAUUUGUCGUUAGAAACAUAUUUUCAAUUCUUUAAAUAAAACCUAAAAGUAAUACUCAUUUUAACCUAAGGAAUCUGCCAUGUUCUUUUUAGAUGACGUAAAAUGGUUGCACGCACAGGCAGCUAAACUUGACACAGACACACUAAUCAGUUCUUCAGUAAAUAUAAGGUGCUGUAGGAUGAAAAAAAUAUAUAUAAAUACAAAAGUGAAUCAGCCAGGAGCAGUGAGUGAUUUUUUUCUCUGUUUGACUUCGUCCUUUGUUGUUUGACGAACAAUAAAAACAGAUGGUUAUACUGUUACACAUGCGUUGCCGUUUCCAUUCUGUUCAUUACAUGUCAAAUCUGAAAACCUGAAUACUUAGGAUGAAAUUAUAAAGCAGGUUAAAAUAUAUAUAUUGUUAACCACAGAAAAGAUAACCCAGGAUUACGGUACAUAGGGGUGUCUGGGAACUGUGUAAUGUAAAAUUGUAUUUGUCAUUUACUGGUUCAAUACAAUUGAAGUGUGUAUUUGCAAGUGCGUAUUUAUGUGCCAUAUUUAUUUGUAAAUGACAUUUGGGUUAUAUUGUUAAAGUCUUUAGGCCAGAAAUCUGUUUUAACAGUAAGUGCCAGCCACAUUAGAUGUCUCUUUCAUUGGAAACCCAUUAUUUGUUGCACUAUUGGUUUCUUUUUUCCCACGGGGUGUAUGAAAGUUCUUGUAGAUAAUUUUCAUCUUGACUCCAGAAUCAAUAAGCUUAACUUUCAGGAUUAAGACUGACCCUGAUAUUGCCUGAUUUUACAUAUGGUUUUAUAAUCAUAUAUGCACAUAUACAGUGGCUUGAGAGAGUAUUCAUACCUAUUCAUUUUUUUAAAAAAAUGAGGUACUCUCCAUACACCAUAAUGACAAAAAAAAACAUAUUUGUGACAAGUUGGAAAAUAGACUAAAAAUAAUCAACUGAAAUUACAUUGCGUAAGUAUUCAUACCCCUUUCUGGGACACUUGAAAUUUAGCUCAGAAUCAUUCCAGUUUUGCGUGAUGAUGUUACUACGAGUGGAGUUCUCCUGUGGCAAAUUCAUUUGAAUGAGUAUGAUUUGGAAAGGCAGGCACACACCUCUUAAUAAAAGGUCUAAUAGCUUUUGCCAAAGCUUAAAAUCGAAGCACUGUACAAUUGAAGCACUGGAUCUGGAUUUCCAGAAAAUGCUGUAAUUCUGGUUAAAUAAAGGUGCACCCUCAACACAAGUGACCACACAUUA